GACAACCUAGAAGCAUAGAAGAACCAACAACUAUACCUUGCGAAAUUGCGCAAAUUCCACUAUACCUUUCUCCACGCGGCCUUUUUCUCUCUCUCCUCCUUUAAUGCUGUUUAUCUUGAGCAAAAUCAUCCAGAAACUCAUCUAACCCUAGUUUUUAUCUUCAAAUUCAGGUGUUGGGUAGCCGAAUCUUCUUAGAAGUUCUAUAUAUUACUGUUAGUUGGAAUGGCAUCUCUUUCUGAGUCAUGGAUGAGGGAGUAUAAUGAAGCAUCAAAGCUUGCUGAUGAUAUAAACAGCAUGGUCUCGGAGGCGAGUACUUUACCGGCAACUGGAACACAGACACAGCGUCAUUUUUCUGCCACUCGCAGGAAGAUCACCAUAUUGAAUACUAAACUUGAAAAUCUGGAGUCACUUUUAGCAAAGCUCCCAAGCAUGCAGGCAAUAACAGGGAAAGAGAUAAAUAGACGUAAUGACUUGCUGACGAAUAUGAAAUCUAAAGUCAAUCAGAUGGCAAACACACUCAAUUCAUACAGUGCUGCUUACAGGGACCGCUUACUUGGUCCAGAUUUAAAGUCAGAUGAUGUAAUAAAGAGGGCAUCUAACAUGGAUAACCAGGGGAUUGUAGGUUUUCAACGUCAGAUUAUGAGAGAACAAGACGAGGGCCUUGAGAAAUUGGAGGAGACAGUAAUAAGCACAAAACAUAUAGCACUGGCAGUCAACGAAGAGCUCAACCUUCACACUAGGCUCCUGGAUACCUUGGAUGACCAUGUGGAGUCAACGAAUUCUCGUUUGCAGCGUAUUCAAAGGAGAUUGGCCGUUUUCAAUAAACGCACCAAGGGAGGUUGCACCUGCCUGUGUCUACUGGUUAUCUUGAUUGUGUUUCUCAUCCUUGUCGUAUUGGCCCUGAUCAAGUAUUUUUAGGACUAUGUUGUUGUAGGUCCUGGAUGGCAAAUUGAACUCGGACCUGUCAGCGAAAGUGUAGAUAUUGGGAUCUGCAAGUGAUUUCAUCGCUUAAAGUACCUGUUGGACCUUAAUUUUUUUGCAGUGAUUAUGGAUUAGUUGCAAAAUGGGCAGCCUUCAUGCAUAGUAUAUAAAGUAUAUGUGUCUUCCGCAAUUCUCACCCUUCUGUAUUAUUCCUCUAAGAGCAUCUAGUCUUUCUUCAAGUUAAAUUUCAGCAUCUGCUGAAUUUUUCUCUGAUGACCCCCUUACUUGUAAACAUUAGCUUCUGUUGUCCUAAGCUCGUACUUAUUCAUGAAUUCUGGAUGGUUUAUUGGAAGCUCAUUGUCUAUUUUAGCAGUA